AGUUAUUUGAUCUUACUCUUUGUUAAAGAUAAUUUAUCGUUGACUUCAAUAAUGAAGGCAAAUCAAGCAUGUGCAUCAGUGCCAGCAAAACUUAAGCAUGAAUGAAAGCGUCAAAACAUUUUUACUCUCUAAGCAUUUAUAAAAUACUCAAGCAGAUGCCAUCUCCAGUAUUUAAUCAAUUGUUAUACAGUCAUAUUUAUCUCCUAUUUCUGUAUUUUGAGUUCAGAUACAGACAGGAGGAGAAAAUACAUAUCUGAAAAGCGUAUUGGAAUUUGGAAGCAGUAAACUUCCAAUUAUGGCUUCAAAGAUUGUUAUAAUCUUGGUUUUGAUCCUUGAUAUCGUCGCUUUCGGGCUUGCUAUCAAUGCUGAGCGAAGACGGACCACUGCUCAAGUAAUUUCAGACCGGGACGUGAACUACAAGUAUUGCCGGUAUGAUUCAGACAAUGUAGCAACAGGAUAUGGGCUAGGAGCAUUUUUCUGUCUUUUGUUUAGCCAAAUAAUUAUUAUGGCUGCUAGUCGUUGCUUAUGCUGUGGAAAGGGUCUAAAACCUGGUGGAUCAAGGGCUUGCGCCGUCACUCUUUUCAUCUUCUGCUGGCUAACUUUCAUUGUUGCUGAGGUAUGUUUAUUGGCGGCCUCUGCAAGGAAUGCAUACCACACAAAAUACAGGGCCUUCAUUGGAGAAAACCCACCAUCAUGUGAGACUCUAAGGAAAGGAGUCUUCGCAGCAGGAGCUGCUUUCACCUUCUUCACCGCCAUUUUCUCUGAAUUUUACUACAUUUCCUACUCAAAGUCGAGGGGCUGACCCUCAGCCCCAGAACACAGAUAAACACAGUUUGUUAAGAUGCCAGUAGUAAAAAGUCAUAUGGAGUAAUUCAACACCAGUUCAUUUGUGGUUGUUACUAAAAUCUUGGUUUUAGGAGUAAUUUGUGCAGGAGAUAUCAUGUAUUCUACUUUUGUGCUGAGUCUUUUAAUUUAGUUUGGUUGUUAAGCUAGAUUCUUGCUGGUUUAACAAAUGAAACCAAAAAUAAUAGCAGAUGGUUUAUGUAAUUGCAUGUUAUACUAAAGUCGUUUUGGAACGAAA